GCAACGGAACUAAAAUUGAAUCAGGAACAAGACCUGAGGCAUUCGCAGCGACACAAGGAAGAUGAAGCGAUGGCAAAUGUUAUGAAGAGGUGGAUAACGCCUGUUCUUGCGACGGUUCUCACAUGCGUGCUCCUCCCUGUCUAUGGUGUCGACGAGUCAGAUCGCGAGGAAUAUAGAGGGAAAUACCUUGGCAAGUUGAACGCGUAUCAUCAUCAAGUUGCUGGCGAUGUUUACGUGGUUGACGAAUACACGUUGCUGUUAACUUCCUUCAGCUACGAUGGCAACGGAGCCGAUACUUUCUUCUGGGCUGGCGCAUCGAAUCGACCUGGCCCGCAAGGUUUCAUCGUGCCUGAUGAAUGGGGCAAAACAAAUGUUCUCGAUCGAUACCUAAAUAAGGAUUUCACUCUUACCUUACCGGACAAUAAGAGAAUAACUGAUAUAAAAUGGUUCGCUGUGUACGAUCUGGGAAGCCAGAAUACGUUUGGCGACGUGUACAUCCCCGACGAGUUCGAUCCACCUGCACCACAGAAGAUCUCUCAACUAACGAAACGAUCGCACGGAGUGUCUUCGGGACCCAUUGUGAUCAUGGAUUCAAAAACUAUCAAAAUACCGGAAUUCACGUACGAGGAACGAGGAACAGACACGUAUUUCUGGGUAGGACUUGGCCCACAACCUAGUAGCAAAGGAACGAAAGUGCCAGACGAGUAUGGCUACCUGGAAUCGAUUCGUACUUACAAAGAAGAAGAUGUGAUCAUUCAACUACCUGGAGACAUGACAGUUUUCAACAUUGAUUGGUUAAGCAUAUUUGAUGUGAAGACCAAGACUAGUUACGGCUCUGUCAUCAUUCCAGAUGGAUUAAACGUGCCUCCUUCGUUAGUAAAAGUGAUCAAGCGUAUGCAGACUCUGCCAAAUUGUAUUCAACUUCACAAACGAUUUCAAGUCGGCUGGGAAAUUUUUGGUCCACAGAUCACUGUCCAAUUAACAGGACAAAUUGGUGAAGAUGAAUUUAUGGCGUUUGGUCUCUCUGGUUCCGAAACUUCUAGCCAGAUGGAAGGUGCGGAUGCGGUGAUUGCUUACGUGGACGGUACUAAAGGCUACGCGAUAGAUUAUAACAUUACCGCGAAAGCUCCAUGUGGAAAAGUCCUUGGCCAAUACAAGGGAGUCUGCAGAGAUGAACUAGUCGGUGCCUUGGAUAAUAAUCAAUUAUAUACUGCGGUCAGAGAGGAUGGGAUUAGUAUUGUUACUUACAGACGUACCCUCAACUCGUCCGAUCCAGGAGACAAAGAGUAUCCUACAGACAGACCAGUUUACGUGAUAUGGGCCUUGGGAAGAUUGGAUGAAAACAAAGAGCCAACUUUCCAUGAUGUAUAUCCCAAGAGCGAUUUGAAGUUGGAGUUAGCUCCCGAAGAACCAGAGAACACCUGUAUGGAUUUUACUGAAAAUAAUGAGAGGCUGAUAGAACCUUGGGAGAAGACAGAAAUAUUUGAUAGAAGUAUUCGGACGUUCAGAGCCACCAUCGGCCCAUCUGGAGGCAAAAAGGGCUAUCAAGGAAUUACAGGACAAACGUCUACAGGUUUAGCAUGGUACAUCGAGGGCCAAUUGGUGCCUGAACUAUACCUGCGUCGAGGAUUGACUUACAAUUUCCGUAUUCACGGCGGAAAUAAUCCUCAUAGCCCCAAUCUGUACCAUCCAUUAAUUAUAACUAACGAACCACACGGUGGAUACGAUAAACUCAGCGAUGCAGCACAAAGUACAAUUAGAGUUUUAGCCGGGGUUGAAUUCACCAGAAGAGGACAACCGAGACCAACAGCAGUUGGUCCACUUUGUUUAAGCAAACAUGGUACACGAGAUAGAAGACUAGAUGAUGAUUUCAUGACGUUCAAACAAUUCAAUAGAACAUUAGUGAGCGUGUGCGAGCCAGGUGAGGGCGGUGUUUUAGAAGUUACGCCAAAUUCCACCUGGCCAGAUAUUGUUUAUUACAAUUCAUUUACCCACGCAAAUAUGGGGUGGAAGAUACACAUAAUGGAUGCUUACUCGAAGAGCAUCGCUGUUACUCAACAAUUAUCGUUACUUGCAGGAAUAGCGGCUGUGUUUUUUCGUUUGUUAUAAACAUAGAUAUAAGCUAUUAAGAUUAAUCGUACCUUUUUAUUACACAAGUAUAAGUUGACUGAUUCUAGCAAAUAAAUUUAAAACAAAGAAUUUCAUCAUACAAGCAAAUGUUUGGUUCCUAAGUUGAAAUGAAUCAAGAUCAGAGAGAGAGAGAGAGAGAUUAAUGUAUCCGAGUGUGUGAAUAUAUUAUAAUAAAUAAUAUUUUAAUUUUA